AUGCCUGAGCCACUCAGAUGCUCAGGGAGCAUUGACCCCCGUGAACUGCGCUUUUCACGCGCAAUGAUCUUCGCCAUCGAGGAGAUUAACAACAGCACGGAGCUGCUGCCGGGCAUCAAACUCGGUUAUCAGAUCUACGACUCGUGCGCCUCGGUGCCCGUGGCGGUGCAUGUGGCAUUUCAGCUUUCAAGCGGCCUGGACCCGGUGUUUUACACCGAUGACAAUUGCUCGCAAUCUGGUGCGCUGAUGGCCAUUGUUGGUGAGUCUGGGUCCACGCCAUCCAUCAGCAUGUCGCGCAUCAUCGGGCCCUUUAAUAUUCCUCAAGUGAGCCACUUUGCCACUUGUGCAUGUCUGUCUGAUAAGCAGCAGUACCCGAGUUUCUUCAGAACAAUCCCGAGUGACCAGUUCCAGGCUGACGCGCUGGCAAAGCUGGUAAAACAUUUUGGUUGGACUUGGAUAGGGGCUAUCCGAUCGGACUCGGAUUAUGGAAACAAUGGUAUGGCGUCUUUCCUGGACGCGGCCCAAAAAGAGGGGAUCUGUGUAGAAUACUCCGAAUCUUUCUACCGGACCAACCCACGGAGCAGGAUCCAGAGAGUAGCUGAAAUUAUCCGCAGGUCGACAGCUUUGGUUGUUGUGGCAUUUAUAUCCCAUGGAGACUUAAGGAUUCUGCUGGAGGAGCUGUCGCUAAAGCCCUCUCCACCUCGCCAGUGGAUAGGCAGUGAGUCCUGGGUAACUGACCCAGACAUGCUGAGGUUCAGCUUCUGUGCUGGAGCAAUCGGAUUUGGCAUUGAGCAAUCUGUCAUCCCAGGUCUGAGGGACUUCCUGCUGGAUCUCUCUCCCUCUGAAGUGGCUGCCUCUCCAGUGCUUACUGAGUUCUGGGAGGAUGCAUUCAACUGCAGGCUGGAAAAAAGAUCAGCCACAGACAAUAAUUUGUGUGAUGGAACUGAAGAUAUAGAGACUACCCAGAGCCCGUACACUGACACAUCUCAGCUCCGAAUCACUAACCUGGUGUACAAGGCUGUUUAUGCAAUAGCACAUGCCAUUCAUGAUGCAAUGUGUCAGGAAACACCCUCUAUAGCUCAGUGUGACAAAUUCACAAGCAUAAAGUCCAAACAGGUUCUUACUCAACUAAAAAAUGUAAAUUUUUCCCAAAAUGGUUAUCUUGUGUCAUUUGAUGCCAACGGGGAUCCUGUGGCCAGAUACGAGCUGGUUAACUGGCAAAAAACGGAGAGUGGCAGCAUUGAGUUGGUGACAGUAGGGCACUACGAUGCCUCACUGCCGGUGGGCCAGGAAUUCAGUAUAAACAGGAACCUCACCUGGGUGGGGAAUUCAACCCAGGUGCCCGUGUCAGUGUGCACUGACAGCUGUCCUCCAGGAACUCGUAAAGUGCUGCAGAAAGGAAAACCAAUCUGCUGUUUUGAUUGUAUACCGUGUCCUGAGGGAGAGAUUAGCAAUGCUACAGAUUCCCCUGAUUGUUUUUCUUGCUCCGAGGAAUUUUGGCCUAAUGCAAAGAGAGACACUUGUCUCCCCAAGCCUGUAGAGUAUCUUUCCUUCAAUGAGGCCCUAGGAAUCAUCCUGGUGACAUUCUCAGUUGGUGGUGCCUGUCUUGCCGUAAUAACAGCGGCUGUGUUCCAUCGUCACAGGACAUCCCCGAUUGUCAGGGCCAACAACUCUGAGCUGAGCUUCCUGCUGCUCUUCUCUCUGACUCUCUGCUUCUUAUGUUCAUUAACUUUCAUUGGAGCACCCUCUGAGUGGUCCUGCAUGCUGCGUCACACAGCGUUCGGGAUCACCUUUGUACUCUGUAUGUCUUGUGUUCUUGGAAAAACUAUAGUAGUGUUAAUGGCCUUCAAAGCCACUCUCCCAGGUCAUAAUAUCAUGAAAUGGUUUGGUCCUCCACAGCAAAGAAUGACUGUAGUGUCUUUCACAUUCAUUCAAGUUAUAAUAUGUACUCUUUGGUUGGUUCUUAGCCCCCCUUUUCCAAUGAAAAACCUAACCACAUACAAAGAGAGAAUCAUCCUGGAGUGUGCAUUAGGCUCAGCUAUUGGGUUCUGGGCUGUGCUCGGGUACAUCGGCCUACUGGCUGUCUUUUGCUUUGUGUUAGCUGUGCUCGCCCGGAAACUACCUGAUAAUUUUAAUGAAGCCAAUCUUAUCACUUUCAGCAUGCUGAUAUUCUGUGCAGUCUGGAUCGCCUUUAUCCCAGCAUAUGUCAGCUCUCCUGGUAAAUUUACUGUGGCUGUGGAGAUAUUUGCCAUUCUGGCCUCCAGUUUUGGACUCAUAUUGUGUAUAUUUGCUCCAAAGUGUUUCAUCAUACUGUUUAAGCCAGAGAAAAACACCAAGAAACAUGUAAUGAACAAAAGUAAGUUAUAAAACAUCAGAUGUUCAGGGAUGGAGAUCACAGCUCUCUUGAUUGGUCUGAUCCUGUCUCUGGGUUUAGAUGAGCUGAACUCAGCUCUUGCUUUGAAUGGUUAUGGGGAUGGUGUGAGACAACGGGCUGGUCUUACAGAGGAUAGGACUGGUGUUGGGGUCAGCACUGAGGCCUCUUCUGUGAAAUGUAAACUCCAGGGUAAUACUCGUCUACCUGCAUUCUCAAUGGAUGGUGACUACGUUAUUGGUGGUGUUUUGUCCAUGCACCAAUACGUGCACACAGUGAAGCAUGACUACACCACCAUGCCUGAGCCACUCAGAUGCUCAGGGAGCUUUGACCCCCGUGAACUGCGCUUUUCACGCGCAAUGAUCUUCGCCAUCGAGCAGAUUAACAACAGCACGGAGCUGCUGCCGGGCAUCAAACUCGGUUAUCAGAUCUACGACUCGUGCGCCUCGGUGCCCGUGGCGGUGCAUGUGGCAUUUCAGCUUUCAAGCGGCGUGGACCCGGUGUUUUACACCGAUGACAAUUGCUCGCAAUCUGGUGCAGUGAUUGCCAUUGUUGGUGAGUCUGGGUCCACGCCAUCCAUCAGCAUGUCGCGCAUCAUUGAGCCCUUUAACAUUCCUCAAGUGAGCCACUUUGCCACUUGUGCAUGUCUGUCUGAUAAGCAGCAGUACCCGAGUUUCUUCAGAACAAUCCCGAGUGACCAGUUCCAGGCUGACGCGCUGGCAAAGCUGAUGAAACAUUUUGGUUGGACUUGGAUAGGGGCUAUCCGAUCGGACUCGGAUUAUGGAAACAAUGGUAUGGCGUCUUUCCUGGACGCGGCCCAAAAAGAGGGGAUCUGUGUAGAAUACUCCGAAUCUUUCUUUCGGACCAACCCACGGAGCAGGAUCCAGAGAGUAGCUGAAAUUAUCCGCAGGUCGACAGCUUUGGUUGUUGUGGCAUUUAUAUCCUCUGAAGACUUAAGGAUUCUGCUGGAGGAGCUGUCGCUAAAGCCCUCUCCACCUCGCCAGUGGAUAGGCAGUGAGUCCUGGGUAACUGACCGAGACAUGCUGAGGUUCAGCUUCUGUGCUGGAGCAAUCGGAUUUGGCAUUGAGCAAUCUGUUAUCCCAGGUCUGAGAGACUUCCUGCUGGAUCUCUCUCCCUCUGAAGUGGCUGCCUCUCCAGUGCUUACUGAGUUCUGGGAGGAUGCAUUCAACUGCAGGCUGGAAAAAAACAAUAAUUUGUGUGAUGGAACUGAAGAUAUAGAGACUACCCAGAGCCCGUACACUGACACAUCUCAGCUUCGAAUCACUAACAUGGUGUACAAGGCUGUUUAUGCAAUAGCACAUGCCAUUCAUAAUGCAAUGUGUCAGGAAACACACUCUCUAGUUCAGUGUGACAAAUUCACAAGCAUAGAGUCCAAACAGGUUCUUACUCAACUAAAAAAUGUAAAUUUUUCCCAAAAUGGUUAUCUUGUGUCAUUUGAUGCCAACGGGGAUCCUGUGGCCACAUACGAGCUGGUUAACUGGCAAAAAACGGAGAGUGGCAGCAUUGAGUUGGUGACAGUAGGGCACUACGAUGCUUCACUGCCGGUGGGCCAGGAAUUCAGUAUCAACAGGAACCUCACCUGGGUGGGGGAUGCCAGACAAGUGCCCGUGUCAGUGUGCACUGACAGCUGUCCUCCAGGAACUCGUAAAGUGCUGCAGAAAGGAAAACCAAUCUGCUGUUUUGAUUGCAUACCGUGUCCUGAGGGAGAGAUUAGCAAUGCUACAGAUUCCCCUGAUUGUUUUUCUUGCUCCGAGGAAUUUUGGCCUAAUGCAAAGAGAGACACUUGUCUCCCCAAGCCUGUAGAGUUUCUUUCCUUCAAUGAGGCCCUAGGAAUCAUCCUGGCGGCAUUCUCCGUUGGUGGUGCCUGUCUUGCCAUAAUAACAGCGGCUGUGUUCCAUCGUCACAGGACAUCCCCGAUUGUCAGGGCCAACAACUCUGAGCUGAGCUUCCUGCUGCUCUUCUCUCUGACUCUCUGCUUCUUAUGUCCAUUAACUUUCAUUGGCGCACCCUCUGAGUGGUCCUGCAUGCUGCGUCACACAGCGUUCGGGAUCACCUUUGUACUCUGUAUGUCUUGUGUUCUUGGAAAAACUAUAGUAGUGUUAAUGGCCUUCAAAGCCACUCUCCCAGGUCAUAAUAUCAUGAAAUGGUUUGGUCCUCCACAGCAAAGAAUGACUGUAGUGUCUUUCACAUUCAUUCAAGUUAUAAUAUGUACUCUUUGGUUGGUUCUUAGUCCCCCUUUUCCAAUGAAAAACCUAACCACAUACAAAGAGAGAAUCAUCCUGGAGUGUGCUUUAGGCUCAGCUAUUGGGUUCUGGGCUGUGCUCGGGUACAUCGGCCUACUGGCUGUCUUUUGCUUUGUGUUAGCUGUGCUCGCCCGGAAACUACCUGAUAACUUUAAUGAAGCCAAGCUUAUCACCUUCAGCAUGCUGAUAUUCUGUGCAGUCUGGAUCGCCUUUAUCCCAGCAUAUGUCAGCUCUCCUGGUAAAUUGACUGUGGUUGUGGAGAUAUUUGCCAUUCUGGCCUCCAGUUACGGACUCAUAUUGUGUAUAUUUGCUCCAAAGUGUUUCAUCAUAUUGUUUAAGCCAGAGAAAAACACCAAGAAACAUGUAAUGGGCAAAAGUCAAUCUUAAAACAUCUGAUGUUUGAUGACUAUUGAAGGGACUUUUAAUAAAAAUACCUAAGCCUAAAAGGGCGAGCAGGGAGAACUAGAAUUGUCCAUAAUCAAUUUCUGUUUCAAUUCAUCAAAUUGUCAUGCAUAAUCGAAGCCACGUUCUCACUCCAACUAGUUGACACAGUCAAAGAAUUGUUCCAAUUGAUUCUCAUCACCUUUAGCUUACCUUUGUGAAAUUUUUACAUUAAUAGGUGACAAGAUGUAAGAACUGCAUGUAUACGCUUAUCCUGUGUUUUAGGUAAGGAUACAAAACACUACA